CUCUCUGGCUCUCUCUCUGUCUCUCUCUCUCUCUCUCUCUCUAGAUCGAUCGAUCGGUUUCUCUUCCUUACUCUAAUCGCUUCAACCCGCGAUCCGUUUUGGGAGGUGAAGAAUCCACUUGUUUCUCCACUCCCUUCAUGGAAGAAUUCAUGGAAAUCGAUGCAGCGGCAGUAUCAAACAACGAGAAACCACAAGAUUUGGAGCCGAAGCUUUGGUCCCCUGAAGAAAUUCUUAAAAAUUACAUUCUUGGCGAGCAAUUUGCGGAUGACUGCUUCAUUCCAUCUCCUGUGCUGAAGGAAACCUCGAAGCCAUUCUACCUUGGCCCUGAUAUUAUUUUAGCCCUUCAGAAAAUCGGGAUGAAAUAUAACAAUUUGUUAAAGAAGCAUCAGGUUAUGAAUUCUGAAACUGAGAUUCUGAAAGCAAAGAUCGACAAAUGCGUUCAAGAAUGUCAGCCAAGGUAUGAAGCUCUUGAAAAGAAGCAUAAUGAGUGUCAGUAUCUGAUUCCUGAAAUUGAGAUGUUGCAGAGUAAGUGUGAAGCUCUGAGCAAGAACUGUCUUCAGGAAUGUGAACCUAAGUAUGAAGCACUUAAAAAAAUUUUAGCAGAAGAGACAGCUGAGAGGAAGGGCUUCUAUAAUGAGCUAAUUGAAUUGAGAGGAAAUAUUAGGGUUUUUUGUAGAUGCAGGCCACUCAGCAACGAAGAAACUUCCAACAGUUGUACUUCUGUAAUAGAAUUUGAUCCAUCUAAAGAUACUGAAUUGCAAGUUACCUGUGCUGACUCCUCAAGAAAAAUAUUUAAAUUUGAUCAUGUUUUCAGUCCCAAAGAUGACCAAGAGGCUGUAUUUUCUGAGACUUUGCCGAUUGUGAAAUCUGUCAUGGACGGCUUCAAUGUUUGCAUAUUUGCGUAUGGGCAAACUGGGACCGGCAAGACAUUCACUAUGGAAGGAACACCUGAAUGUCGAGGUGUAAAUUACAAGGCUUUGGAAGAACUGUUCAGAAUUAUGAAAGAGAGAAUACCUUUGAUGCAUUAUGAAUUUUCAUUUAGUAUGUUGGAGGUUUACAAUGAGAAAAUCAGGGAUCUGCUGGCAGAUAACUCCGAUCCCUAUUCUAAGAAGCUGGACGUAAAGCAAUCUGCAGAAGGAACUCAGGAAGUUCCCGGGCUUGCUGAAAUUGAAGUAUGCAGCAUCGACGAGGUGUGGGAGAUGCACAAAUCAGGAGGAAGAAAUAGAGCGGUUGGGUCAACUAAUGCUAAUGAGCUCAGCAGCCGUUCUCAUUGUUUGGUCCGUGUGACGAUUAAAGGAGAAAACUUGGUGACCGGGGAGAGGAGCAAGAGCUUCCUGUGGCUGGUGGAUUUAGCCGGAAGUGAACGCCUAGGCAGAAUUGAGGCCGAGGGAGAGAGGUUGAAGGAAUCACAGUUCAUAAACAAAUCUCUCUCAGCUCUUGGAGAUGUUAUAUCAGCACUUGCCUCAAAGAGUUCCCACAUUCCGUAUAGGAACUCAAAACUGACUCAUUUAUUGCAAAGUUCUCUUGGUGGGGAUUGCAAGACAUUGAUGUUUGCACAGAUUAGCCCUAGUUUGGCGGAUUUAGGAGAAACUCUUUGUACUCUUAAUUUUGCCAGCAGAGUGCGUGGAGUUGAGCAUGGGCCUGCCAGAAAGCAGUCUGAUCCAGUUGAUAACUUCAAGCUCAAGCAGAUGGUUGAAAAGCUCCGGCUGGAAGAAAAAGAAGUCAAUAGACUCAAUGAAAGCUUGCAGAUGAUGCAAAUCAAAUACGCAUCACGGGAGAAUAUCUUUAGGACACUUCAAGAAAAGAUCCGAGAAUCAGAGCAAGCAUGUAAGAAUUAUCAACAAAAGAUCAAGGAUCUGGAAAACCAGCUAGUUGAAGAGAAGAAAGCCAGAACUCAGCUCGCUGCAAAUGAAACGACUAGAUCUUUUCAAGCAUCAUCGAAGCAAAGGCCACCAUUGGCCAGAAUCACAAAUCGACUACCUCCUUUGGCUCAUCAUAAGACAGCAAAAACAGCUUUUGAAAAUAAGGAGAAUGCUUACUCAAGAGGUAAAGAUGUCACUAAAGGCUUUACAACCAAGCCUCUUGGAAGAGCUAGAAGGAUCUCUUUGUCCCCGGUUGUUUGCAGUAUGCCGAAUAAUAAGAGAAGGGCCUCAAUUGCUACCGAACUAGGAACAUUAGCACUAUUACCAGAAAAGCAACAUAUGAACCAUGCAAAUUUUACCACAAAACUAUCUCAGUUAAGGAUUCCUAGGAGGAGAUCAGUGGCUACAUUAACUCCUUUUCAAGAGAGUCCAAAAGACAACGGAAAAUGCAUUAGCAGCUUCAAAUACCCUAGCACUUUACAGCUGCAAACCAUGUGGAGAUCGAAGUUUCCCAAUCUUCCUUCUCCAUUACACCAGAAUCAGAUUCCGUCCAGGCUUCCCAACCUUCCUUCUCCAUUACAGCAAAAUCAAACUUUCUUGAGUGGUGCGGGAAACACUGCACAACAUCAGAACAAAUUAUGCUAUAGCAUCCAAAAGAGAGUCAUUUUGGGAUCGCCAGCUCAAGCAAGGCCUAUCAAACUUUUGGAAUCCAGAUUUAAUGAGGUUGCCCUUCAAGCAAAGGAGAUGAUGGUAGGGAGGUUUGGAACUGCUCAGCGGGGUUUGAUUAAUAACCGGAGGAAGAGUAUCUUGUAGAAAGAAAUAACAAUGAAACAUUAUUUCGUGUUUUGCUUUAGAUGUUAUUUGUUGAUGUUAAGGAAGACUUCUGAUUGCCUUGCAAUGACCAUUAAUGUUUUUGGUCAAUUUUUUGCCAUUUUAAUGAAACUUACUUUAUUGUGUU